CUAGCACUGUGGCAUAAUGGGGGAUAAGCACAUGGUGACCUCUGGGCCAGACAUUCAGCCCCUCAGCCCCCAGAUGCUGCUGCUGUUGCUACCACCAAGGCACCCUGUGGGCAAUGAGGCCUUACGGAUGCAAGCUAUUUGUCGCCAGAGAGGAGCAUAGCGUCCAGUCAUAGCGUCCAGGAGCAUAGCGUCCAGGCUUUCUAGGGGCAUGUCCGCUCCCCCACUAGAGAAUGUUUCAGCUCUACAGAAACUUAGAAGCCAGCGAGAGCGAGACGACCAGUCCGUGUCAGAACAGUUCUGGUGAAGUGUCCAAACAAGUUCUUAGCUCAGCCAACUCCUUACCUCAAACCUUGGACGACUUGCUGGCGGGGUUGUUCAUUGAUAUACGCCCAGAGAAAGACGACCGCAAGCAUCAGCUGAAUCGGCCUCGCCUCAGCGGCAUCCCAGCCGUCCCGGUGGACCUGGACAUGAGCGACGGGGAGACCAGCGUCUCGGACAGCGGCUCGGAGUCUCCCGUGUGUGUGGAGCUCCCACCACAACCUUUUAUUUACCAGCACUCCGCCAGCCACCUCUCCGCUGAGCUCUCGUGGACAGGCCCCCGCUCUGGUGAGCUGGUUUCCUUCUACGAGCUGCAACUUGAGGAGGCCAGGCUGGUUGGACAAGGCAAGAACAUCCAGUGGUUUUGCUCGGACACAGAAGAGCAUCUCGCAAACCUGAAUCCUGACACGGAGUACGUGAUCUACGUGAGAGCCCUCAACGUGGCAGGUGCUGGGAUGUGGAGUGAGCCUUACAAGUUUGCCACUCUGCCCCCUGUUCCAGGCAUCCCCUUGGACCCACCUCCCGUCAUCAUCAUCGUCAAAAGGCACAGGAAGCCCCAGAAGAAAACAGUUUUCCUUCCUGCCGCCUGAGAGGAACUGCAGAGUGGCAAUAAAGAUUGGUACCUAACCCCU